GAAGUAAGAAGCUAACUUCAGCCUCGUCAGACAGAAGCUGUUAGUACGUAUGGCUACUUCUGGCAGGAAGCAGAAUGCCAUUUGGUUAUAUUUCAACAAAAAGACUGUCCCUGGUAAAUCUGGAUGUAAAGCAGAAUGUAAAACAUGCAGUAAAGUAAUGCAAGGACUUGUAGCAAGAAUGAAAGACCAUUACAAAAAAUGUGCUUCACAUUCAGAUUCUGAUGAUGGAAAUCUUCAUUCAAGAAGCGAAGGUACAACUACUCAUGGAAAUGAAAAUGACUCUGUUGCUGCUGUUGGUAUGAGGUCUCAUCAUUCGACUUCCACCCCUGCACCAUCCUGCUCUUCUGAUGUGAAAAUGCGCAGCCCACUUUCUUCACCAAGGCCUUCUAGCAGACAUGCAAGCACAAUGAGAACUGGCGGUGAGGGGCCCUGUGAGGCGGGAGAGUCGCUUGAGGCAGCCGUUCCGGAAGCGAGCGUUAUAGUAAUUAGUGAUGACGAAGGUGAUGUGUCAUUGGGACUGGGGAACUCAGUGUUACUGAUAGAAGAUGCAGCUGAUGGCUCACUUGUAGAAGAGAAGAAGGCCUUAGAGGUGCUGGAUGAGGAACUUGCCAUUACCUUCAGCAAAAAGGCCCGUGUGAUGCCACAUGCCAGAUAUGAUUGCUCAACACAUCCUUUUGAACGCUUGGAGCAAGAGACACAGCUCCCAUUACAGGACAAUGCAAGCUUCUGUGCCGAGUGCUUCUGCUACCUAUGUGACAAGCGUGCCUCCGAGUGUUCCUCUUGGACAAGUCUCUCCAGCUGCCACUGCAAUGCCCACAACAAGAGCAAGUUCUGGAAGGAGAAGAGAGACCAUGCUUUGGUUGGAGUGCUGACCAUCUUUCACCUGGACCUUACUGAGAUAGACAGCGAGCUUAAAGAAGCAGGAGACCGGUUGCAGAGUUUCCUAUUGGAGCUAUCGCCAGUGUACCACGCGUACUUGGAUGGCACCGUAACGACGCGUGACAGUAUAUGGGAAUGUGUGUGUCAAUGUCACAAGGCAAAGACGAAGUUCAAGUGUAAUGUCUGCGCAAUUAAUCACAAAGAGACCUGCGUACACAAUUACAGUCCAGUGCACAAGCUGGUGACUGAGUAUUUAGACAAGGCAGAGAAUGAAAGUCCAAAAGCCGUUGCAGUGAUGCUGCUUGGUGUAGCCAAGGAGCUGGUUUCUCAGCAGGUAGUGCCGAACCAGGUUCUUUUAAAGGAUCCGACUGCAAAUUUUAGAGAAGCCACUGCAUUGCUAAUGACCAGGAUUGUAACCACUUUGCAAAGGCUCCUGGUCCUGGCAGAUUAUCCAAAGUACCUAUAUGACAAAUUUGUUACUUUUUUUCUAUCUAUUCCGCUCCCUCCGCAUUGCUUCGCCUUAGCAAACAGCCUAAAUGUCAUGAGAUGGGACAACUUGUUUUUGACGUCUGUGUUGGCUGGUCAGAAUCCAUCAGGGGUACGAUCAAAUAAAGGCAAGAAGGAAUACCUGUGGGAGGCGCCGCCUGUAGUGCAAGCCAGGGUGCAGAAACUGGAGGAAGACAAAAGUUACAGGCAGUUGGUGCGCUACCUGAAUGCGGUGCAAACCUCAGACGGCGCCUGGUUGAACUGCCUUAAGCAGAAGUUGUGCUUUUACAUGUGCAAGUAUGGCGAUUUCCCAACCGCGGCGCAUUCCAUGCUGAAUAUAAAGGGAAUGAAGGGUGGCAUCAGCCAUUUCCUUACACCAGACCAGUUUGAGAUCUACCUCACCAUGUUCCGAACCAAAAGCUGCCCCCCAGGAAACGAGCUUGUAGGGGGGGAAUUGUGCACACAUCAUGAAGGUAUACCGUUGAAGAAAGGCGUUUUGGUUCGGAUAGCCAUAAGGACACUUUACUGUAAUAACAAUCUACUUCAAGAGCCAAAAUGUUGGAGCACUCUAGUCCGGAUCUGGUGCACAGAUGAACCUCUGUCCAGAGAAGGGAAGUUGACUCCUCUCAAUUUAUUUGAACCCGAUAAACGUCUGCAGCGGAUGGUGAUGGAUCUGUCCUGUUCCAUCCUGGAUGAGUUGCACAAGCAGAACAACGUUCAUUUACCUGAUCCCUUUUUUAGACCAUCCACUUGGCAUCAUGCCGAGCUGAUCCUCGUCAUUCAAGCGGUGAACCGGUUUAUGAUGUCAUCCCUUCCUCCGCUGCGUGGCAUGCUGGAGCUGGUGUUAGCAUUUGGGCUUAACCACUGGGCCCUGUCUCUUCUGAUGGAGGGAGUUAGUUACAUGCACGCGCUGUUGCUUGGCUUCGCAGCCAACCUUAACGCGGAGCUGCGGGAGAAAGAGAUAUACGUGGUAGAAAUAUUUAAAAACCGGGGACCCAACUAUGUGUCACAACUCAUUCCCGUGUUCUUGCUGAGCAGGACUGUGGAAGUUCGUUCUGUCGGGUUCCACAUCAUCGAUAUGCUCCUACAAAACGUAUCCAAGCUUCCAUGGACUUGCGCUGUUGGCAAUUGCUUGAAGAACUCUGUUCUCGCCAACGGUGCCCCAUAUUUCAUCAAUAUCAUAGAACAGGAAAGAAUGGUAGAGAAAAUCGGGAGGUUGACCUAAACGUCUCCAUGUUUUACCUGCUGUGACUGGUUCCAGUAGCGCUGAAACAUGUAGAGAGACAUGUGUAUAUUCCGCCACCAAACAAGUGCGGUUUACAAGCAGACAGUUUUAUGUGAGAUUUGCACACUUCCUAAGCCUUUGUGCCUUUUUUAUUUGUGAAUUCACUUCUCUGCGUACUUAAUGUUCUAGGUUUGUUUUGAGUACCCAUAAAAACCGAACAUUUUAAUCACCAGACUCUUCAUUUCAUCAUCUGGAUUUGAGGACGCUAAUGGUCCGGGACAAUUCCUUUUAUGUUUGAAGCUGCGUAGAUUUUGGUGGAAAAAUGUCCUUUACUGGGCAGCAGGGAUUAAAAUGCAUCAUUUAUCAGAGCACAACCCCAAUAAGUCUGCAACAUUAAUUUAUUUAAGUGUCUCUCUGGCAAACCCAGUACCUAGAAGCUGGCACACGUUCAUGUUGAGCAGGUGGCUUUGGAAUUAAAAUCUUAUUUCGUAAUAUUCCAGCCUGUCUGUCACCCUUUGAUCGCUCCCUGCCUGUUCUAAAAACAUAGAUUAACCAUGAUGCUAGUUAUAUAUAACAAAGCAGAGUUAGGAACUAGAACCCAACCAUAUUGCAAGUCAGCUCUAAGAGGCUGAAACAGUUACGAGCGAGUUUCCGUCGGAACCUUGUGUAAUCUGCCACUGUCCUAUUACCCUGGCCGGAUUUCCGGUGAUGCAUUAACACCCCCCACCCCAGGAUUGGAUAAUUCCUGCAAGAUUCUUCUGAACAAUGAGCACUUUCUAGAAUUUUAUCUUGUAUAAAUGUAUUCUGUUUUCAUGGUGUUUGGUGGCUACAGGGCAAUAGAUUUUGUAGGGCAUCCCUAAAUGAGAGCACCUUAAUAUCCAGUAGCAGAAUGGUGGGGAUCAGUUAUGCCGAGACCACAACCUGGUAGUUCUUUGGCAUCCUGACCGCUGGUCACAUAACUUAUAUCCCCUUCUCCCAACACGUCAGUAAUUGUCCAUGGUCCUUUUUUGCUGAAUGACCAGCCAACCAGUCAGGUGUGAUGGGUGAAUUAGUGUUAGCAGAGCUUGCAAUCAAAAUCCCUUCUCUUUUUGCCGCAGGUGGAGCACUUAAGAUGUCGGGAAUAGUAACUCCCGUGUAUCCUCCUCCUAGCUUUGGGGUAGAGUGGUUACUGUGGACGCAUAGGAAGGGUGAGGGGGUAGAGACCAGCAGACAGUCUGACUCCUUCAUGUACAAUAAUACUGCUUGCUCAGUCUAAAAGACAUUACAUUCAUAAUUCUGACCUAAUGUAUAUUUCUGCAUUUCACUUUUUGGAAAGAGACUAAACUAAAAAAAAAAACCAAACCAAAGUUAGUCCUGUGGGUCUUGUUAAUAUGAUCAAUUGAAAUCAUUUCCGUAUUUGUACAGACUCUGAGCGUCUAUCCACAGGCUCCGGAUGUCCUCCUCGUCUGAAAGGCUUCAGCAGCGCUGGCUGGUCCUGUUAGAUGUGCAAAACGGAGGGGAUAUUUGCUGUUCAGACAUCAUGCCUCUGCUGCAGUCAUACUCAGCCUAUUGUCUAGUAAACAUAUUAGCCUUGUAAAUCCACACACAUACAGUGGCCUAGCUAUAGAUCAGCAACCAGGAUUCAACUGGUCAUCUCCACAGUGGAAGAAGCCGGUUUGUGAGCUCAUGCAAUAUUCAGCCUGUUUACCUCCCUGAGCCAUAGAGUGCCUCAUACCUCGUUGAUGAUUCCUAGGGAAUUGAUAAGCCUGUGUUUCCAUGGCUAUUGGGUCUGCUCACAGAAUGGCUGCCAUUGCUCUGUAGGAAAUGGCCGUACUUUAGCUGUCUCACAAUACAAGGAUUUUACUUGGCACUUUAAGCCUUUGUGUAUUUCCUGUACAUUCAGAAUACUCCCUAACACUUACUGCCUGCCAAUGGCUUUACACCUUUUUUUGCAUUUUAUUGUACAUACCUGAGAUAUUUGUAUACGGUUUAGAUCAAUAUGAAUAAAGUUAAAUUUAGAACCAA